AUGUUCUCUUUUCCAAAAGAUCUCAACGAUGUUCCUUUGAGCUAUCAUUUACAAAUUCACAACCAAAAUUAUUCAUCUAAAUCAUUUCAUCAACAAGAAUUUGUCAUUAAACCAACAUAUCAAAUACGUAAAGAAGAAGAUUUAAAAAUAAAAGAGUGUCAAAAAGAAGAUCACACUGAACCUACUUAUCACUUUUUUAAAGAAUUAGAUUUACAAAAACAAUAUGAACGGAUAGUUCAAUUAUUAGAUCCAAAAGAAGAUAACCAUUUAUCUCAAUUAGAAGUCAAAGAAAAAACUAAAAAUUACUCUGAAACAGAAAUUAAAUCAGAUCAAACAGAAGAUAAAAAAGAAAUAAAACAUCAAAAAAUUGAAGAAGUAAAAUCUCCAGAAAGAGUAGGAAAGAAAGAACGAAGAGUAAAAACAAAAGAAAGUAAAAUCAAUAUGAAUUAUUCAACAAGAAAAGACAUAAAAAAUAAUCGAAAUAUCAAACGAGAUGAAAAGAAAAAAGAAGAUAAAGAGAAUGAAAAACAUUUUGAAACGAUUGCAAAAGAGUUAAACAUUAGUCAUGUAGAAGAACUACCUAAAACUAACGAAAUUAUUAUUGACAAAGAAAAUGAAAUAAUAACAGAAAUUAGUGAAACUACUGAAUCUCACAAAAUAUCACCUUUUAAAGAUUUAAACAAAACGAUUAUUAAGGGAAUGGAAAAGAGUUCUUUUAUAGGAGAUGAUAAAGACAAAGUUAACAUAACAACCCACCAAUCAGAAGAAAAAAUUAUUGAAAUUAUCAAAGAACACAAUGACCAGUUGAAAGAAAGUCCAAGUAAAUAUAAAAGAAAAAAUAAUAAAUCAAAAAAACCAAUAAAGAAAAGAAAUAUUGAAGUUCCAAAAAUUAUUGAUGAAUCUCCUUUUAAAGGUUCUAGUAAAAAUGUUUCUAAUCACACUGACUUAAAACCUCCUAUGACUAAAAAAACUAAAAAAAAUGAAAAAACUGAUUUAUUAAGUCAACUUGAACAAACUUGGAAAUCCGGAGUUGUGAUGUUGAUCAUAUUUAUUGUUCUUUUUACUGCUUUGUCCAUUUGGAAUGAUGUAUUAAAUGAAAUGAUGUAUUAA